AUGCCCUCCCCGCUGCCGCCGCCGCGGCCAUCUCUCAGGUGCCACCUUCCCCUCUCUGGUAUUGUUGGUUGUUCGUGUGUCGAUGUUGAUCUGAUCAACUUGUAUGUUCCACCGCGUGGCCUGAUCAGGCUCCCAGGGCCCAGCACACCGCAUUUCCACUACUCUCCGGCCUUGGAGAAGCGGCUCGUGCUUUCAGCUCAAGGGCUCUAUGGAAGGGAGCAUUCGUUGAUGCUUUCCUGGCUAAAAUUAAGAAGAACAGAGAAAAUAUGA